GGAGGAAGUCUAACAACGCAAACAUUUGAUGCUUCGCUUGACACAAGCAGCUUCACUGUUUUCUGCAGACAACCAUCAUGGAACAACACUGACAAAAAUCCUGACCUAAAGCAAGCAUGGCUGCAAGAGGGUGUGUGCUUUCACAUUUCACACUCAAGCUUCUCUGCCUCUUGCUUCAGAUCAACUUUUCGCUGCCUUACUCAUUGAAAAACUGCACAAUACCUCAUGAGGAAAGUUCCUCUGCUGAAGUUUCGCUGGACUGUGCAAACAGGAAGCUUGUGACUAUCCCUGACGACAUCCUGAAAGAUGCUGUUUCAGUAAAACUUGGACACAAUUUCAUUCAGAGAGUUCGCCAAAGAGAUUUUUGUGGUAUGUCUAAGAUGAAAAUUCUGGAUCUUGAGUACAAUCAAGUCGUUCAGGUGGAUGAUGGCUCUUUCACCGAUCUGGUGUCACUGAAAGCUCUCUACAUGAGUAAAAACCAACUUACCAACCUGACGAGCAACGUCUUUCAGGGCCUGUCCAGCCUCACCGUGCUCGACCUGUCUCAGAACCAAAUCCAGUUCAUCCAUGAAUCAGCGUUUCGGGUUCUGACCAGCUUAGAAACUGUGAACUUCCAGGAAAAUAUGCUCCAACGAAUUGUUGACAUUCAGCCCAUCCUACAACUACCACAAAUUCACACCAUCGACCUUAUUCACAAUCUAUUCUACUUUUUUGAAACAAAAGAUCUCCAUCUGAAUUUUUCUUCAGGUCUUAAAGAGUUGUCUGUUUAUAGUCCUAACCUCAUAAAAUUUGGUAUCACAACACCAGUUUUUCCUCAUCUCCAUAAAUUAGAGCUUUCUAUGUCUUUGGAAAAUACUUCACGAUGGGAUUUACCAGACAAACCACUGCUAAAGAAUGUGACACAUCUGUGUUUUGAAAGGCUUCCACUUUCCAAUGAGGAGAUUCAAAAAGCCCUGCAGACUUUUGACUCAGUUUAUCACCUACGUCUAAAUUUUAUAUACAUCCGGAUUAGGGAUGGACUGUUAGCCAUUGCCUGCAAAAUACCAACAUUGAGAAAGUUGGAUUUGUCUAUAAUCGAUUUCAGUAAUUAUACUCUUGAACUUGCACAAUGCUCUCAGCUCACAUAUCUUGAUCUGUCCAUUUGUCUAAUAAGUGAACUUCCACAAGGAUCAAUGGACUCAAUGAGGCAAAUGAGGUUUUUUAACGUGAGCUACAACAAGCUAAAAAAGAUCCCGCAUGACAUCAGGAGCCUCUCCUCCCUUGAGAUCUUGAUUAUGAAUGAUAAUAUCAUUUCCAACUUAGGCUGUGAGGAUUUUGUGAACACCACACAUCUUACAGAACUACACCUAAAUGGUAACAGGAUUGCCAAGCUGCAGAGAUGCGUCCUGGAAAGUCUUACUAACCUAAAGCUUUUAAAUUUGAGCGACAAUUUGCUCGUGACGUUCAAAGCCUCCACCAAAGUUGGCCUACAGAAGCUUGAGAUCUUGGAUUUAAGUCAAAACUUUAUAAAACAUCUUAAUAAUUAUGAUUUCCGAGGCUUACGGUCCUUGAAACAUUUGAAUGUGACAUCGUACUUUUUAGAAAAUCUAAAAUAUUAUACAUUUUUGGGACUAAAAAGCCUAAAAUCGUUUUCUGGAUCAUUUCCACUAUAUUUAGUAAAUUUGAGAACUUUGCCACAGUUGGAAAAGAUUCAACUCAACUUCAAUUACAAUGGACCUUUCAGAACUCCUUGUUCAAAAACCUAUGAAGACUCCAUCAGGAUAAAAUCAUUAAAAAGUGUCUCGAUGGCUCACCAGGGUCUGCUCUACUACCUGACAAAAAGAGUCCUUCACAACCUGAAACAUCUGGAAUAUUUUAAAGCUGAGAAUAUUUAUUUGAGUGCUCCAUACUCAGACACGUUUCAGUUCAAUCAGAAGCUGAGAAGUCUGAUAUUUACGAAGACGGAUUUGUCAGAGUUGCAACCUGAACUGUUUCUUCCAAUCCCAAACCUGGAGAGUCUCGAUCUCUCCGAGUCUCAGCUGAAGUCUUUGGAUUUCCUGGUACACGCUAAUCUUUCUGCUCUCAGAUAUCUGAAACUGACCGGCAACGAGUUGAAUGUGAUUAACAAGACAGUUUUCCAGUCUCUACCCUCUCUAACGUUCUUGGACCUGGACAAAAAUCCAUUCACCUGUGAAUGCUCAAACGCAGAUUUCAUCCAGUGGGCAAAGAGCAACACGCAGACCCAGGUGGUAAACGCUCAUCAGUACGUAUGCUCCUUUCCUGUGUCCAGACGGGGGAGCUUGUUGCUGGACUUUAAUGUCCAGCCCUGUUUGGAUGAUGGCGGGUUUCUCUGCUUCGUUUCCAGCUCUUGUCUGGUUGUUCUAACUCUCCUCUCAUCCUUCGUCUACCACUUCCUGAGGUGGCAUCUCACCUACACCUUCCACCUCCUCCUGGCCUUUCUCUACGAGAGCAGGAAGGGGAGGAAAAGAGACCUUCACCAGUUUGAUGCCUUUGUGUCGUAUAACGUCCAUGAUGAGGGCUGGGUUUACAGAGAGAUGCUUCCUGUGUUGGAGGGUCAGCAGGGCUGGAGACUCUGUCUGCACCACAGAGACUUUCAGCCAGGUAAACCCAUCAUAGAGAACAUCACUGAUGCCAUCUAUGGCAGCAGGAAAACCAUCUGUGUCAUCAGCCGCAGCUACCUGCAGAGCGAGUGGUGCUCCAGAGAGAUCCAGAUGGCCAGCUUUCGCCUAUUUGAUGAGAAGAAGGAUGUUCUGAUUCUGCUGUUCCUGGAGGAGAUUCCUGCUCGUCAUCUGUCUCCAUAUUACCGCAUGAGGAAGCUGGUGAAGAAACGCACCUACCUGAGCUGGCCUCAGGCUGCACAACAUCCGGGAGUUUUCUGGCAGAACGUGCAGAGAGCUCUGCAGACAGGGGGCGCUGUCGCUGAAAACACGGACCUGCUGGCCGGACCGGCAGGACGAAGUGAAGCAACUCCUCGGUUCAGACAUUUACAGCUUUGGGCAUCAAACUGUGAUUAUCUUCAAAUAAUAAUCAUGGCCUCUGUAAAUACUUUAUCUUUAUACUUUAUUCUUAAUCUUUUCUUUCUGCUGCUUCCUGUUAACCCUUUGCUGGCGUUUUCAUUGAAAAACUGUACAAUACUUUACAAGGAGAACGUCUCUGCUGAUGUUUCUGUGGACUGUACAAACAUGAACUUUGUGACUGUCCCUGAUUACAUCCCUAAAAAUACUGUGUCAAUACAACUUGGACACAAUCAACUCUUAAAUAUUAAUAUAAAAGACUUUUGCGGCAUGUCAAAGCUGAAAAAUCUGAAUUUAACAGUGAAUAAAAUUGCUUACGUUGAACAAGGGUCAUUUAUCGACUUGGUUUUAUUGGAGACACUUGAUAUGGGAAAUAACAAACUUACCAGUCUGACAGCCAACAUGUUUAAAGGCCUGUCCAACCUCACAUUUCUGGUCCUCAGCAAAAACAAGAUCCAGCAUAUUCAUGAAUCUGCCUUCCAGUGUUUGACCAGCUUGCAAACUCUUGAUAUUGCCUCUAUUCCACUUACGAAAGUUGCAGAAAUUCUACCAGUCUUCCAUCUCCCACAUUUACUUGCACUUAACUUAAAAUACAUCGGAUUUACUACUUUUGACACCAAAGAUCUCCCUUUGAAUCUCUCCUUGAGUCUUGAAGUGUUGGAAAUUUUUAGUUCUAACUUGAAAAUCUUGAGCAUCAUAGGGCCAAUUUCCCCUUACCUCCAGACAAUAGACUUCUUACUCACAGAUAGUGUAAAACAAGUGUUACUUGACAAAAGCUUACUAAAGAACAUAACUAACUUGGAUGUUGCCGCAACAUCGGAUUCCUUUGAAGGAAUCCACGAAGUUCUGGGAAGUCUUGAAAGACUGGGAGAUAUAACGUUUGAAUAUGUGGAUACUUGGUUUCCAAAUGGUCUGCUACCUGCAGUCUGCAAGGUACAAACACUCAGGAAGCUUACUAUUUCCCGAAGCCAUUUUGAUAAUUUUACUACUGACCUUGCAUUGUGCUCCCAGCUCAGAGAACUUAACCUGGAAGAUACUUUCAUGCAUAAACUGUCAAAAGGUUCAUUGCAAUCAAUGAAACAACUGCGAUUCUUAAAUCUGGGUUACAACAUGCUCACCGAAGUUCCAGAUGACAUAAGGAGCCUCUCUACUCUUGAGAUCCUGAUUAUGGGUGAAAAUGACAUCUCUGGGUUGAAAUGCGAUGAUUUUUCCAAAACCACACGUCUGAAAGAACUUUACCUGAACGCAAACCGCAUAACCAAACUGGAAAGGUGUAUUACUGAAAACCUCGUCAAUCUAAAGGUUUUGGAUAUGAGUAACAAUCUGCUGAAGACAUUCGGAGACUCUUUCAAAGUUUCCCUGCAGAAACUUGAGGCCUUAGAUAUCAGCCGCAACCCCAUAAAGUAUCUGGACACAGAUGUUUUUCAACAUAUGAAGGCUCUCAAAGAACUGAAGGUGGAAACCUAUCAUUUUGUAGACGUACCUUAUUUCAGUGGCUUAGAGAACAUUGAAAAUGUAACAAUCUACGUACAUACAGACAGUACUUUCCAAAGUCUGCAAUCAAACAAUGAUAAACCCUUUAGUGAUGUUAAGACAAUGAAGCAGCUAACUUUAAUCGGAAGCAGCAAUACCCAAUGGAUGCCCUUCCGUACAAUUAGGGAAAUGCUCAGAGCUUAUGGAGAUUUGGGAACUGUUACGGUUUUGAAUAUCUAUAUAAAUUACUACGAAGUGGAAACAUUUGAGCUGAACCUCCAGCUAAAAAGUCUGACAUUAUCAUUGACGGAUUUGUCCUCCAUAGGCUCUAAAUUCUUCCUACCACUUCCAAACCUGCAGAACCUGGAUCUCUCAAACUCUAAACUCAGAUCUUUGGACUUUCUGGUCCAGGCCAACCUUUCUGCUCUCAGAUAUUUGAACCUAACUGACAAUGAGAUCAAUGUUAUUAGCGAGACAGUCUUCCAGUCUCUACCCUCUCUGAGAUUCUUGGAUCUAGACAACAACCCGUUCUCAUGUGAAUGCUCCAACGCAGGCUUCAUCCACUGGGUAGUGACCAACCCCCAAACCCAGGUGGUAAACGCUCAUCAGUAUAAAUGUUUCUUUCCUGUGGACAAACAAGAAGGCUUGUUACUAGAAUUUGAUGUUCAGUCAUGUCGAGACGAUGGCAGGUUUCUAUACUUCAUUUCCAGCUCUUUUCUGGUUGCUCUGACUCUCCUCUCAUCCUUCAUCUACCGCUUCCUGAGGUGGCAUCUCACCUACACCUUCCACCUCUUCCGAGCCUUUCUCUACGACAGCAGGAAGGGGAGAAAAAAAGACCCACAUCGGUUUGAUGCCUUUGUGUCCUAUAACGUCCAUGAUGAGGACUGGGUUUACAGAGAGAUGCUUCCAGUGUUGGAGGGACAGCAGGGCUGGAGACUCUGUCUGCACCAUAGAGACUUCCAGCCAGGUAAACCCAUCAUAGAGAACAUCACUGAUGCCAUCUACGGCAGCAGGAAAACCAUCUGUGUGAUCAGCCGCAGCUACCUGCAGAGCGAGUGGUGCUCCAGAGAGAUCCAGAUGGCCAGCUUUCGCCUGUUUGAUGAGAAGAAGGACGUUCUGAUUCUGCUGUUUUUAGAAAACAUUCCUGCUCGUCAUCUGUCUCCAUAUUACCGCAUGAGGAAGCUGGUGAAGAAACGCACCUACCUGAGCUGGCCUCAGGCUGCACAACAUCCGGGAGUUUUCUGGCAGAACGUGCAGAGAGCUCUGCAGACAGGGGGCGCUCUCACUGAAAACACGGACCUGCUGACCGGACCGGCAGGAAUUUGAGAAAUGUACAAUGGCUGUUAAUGUAACUUAAACAUUAAGAAUAAAAAAAAAGUACAAAUCAAAUUAUACAAUCAUGUUACACAUCAUGUCAUCAUAAUAUUUAAAAGCAAAAAUGGAGAAUAGCUGAAAUUAAUUCUUCGUACCGCAAAUAAAAGUUAGAUUAGAGCAUGAAUUAAUGUACAGAUUGGCUGUAAACAGUGGGUUGAGCAUUGUUUUAUGUUUAUGGCAUCAUUAUUUUUCCUUUUUCCAGAUUGAAUCAGUCAUUUCUUGCUAUUGUUAACCUAAUUUUUGGGUUUACAUCAGGUUUGUGGUGUAUCUUCAUUUCUUCUAAUAUAUUGUGACCAUUUCCGCUUGCAGUGAAAGAAUGAAUGCUUACAUCACAUGUGCCAAACUCAAGGCCCAGGGGCCAAAUCCGGCUCGCCAUAGCUUUUUGUGUGGCCCUUCAGACUCUAAAUUGACACUUAAUUAGAACAGUCAAGAUAACAGUGUGCUUAAAUAUGACUUUAUCAAUCAAUUUAACACAGUUUUUCUUUGUGUAUUGCCAAAUUGCAUCAAUUAGGUCCUCCAAUGUCUUGUGAGUUAUCGUAAAAAUUCACAAAAAAUAAACAAAUCCCUGCACUUUUUCACGGUAAUGCAUAAUUGUGAGUAUAUUGCAAAUUUUCCAGAAAAUUUGUGAAAACAUUGCAUCUCAGUGACGGUUUACUCCCACCUGCAAGUGGCAGUAUUUCUGACUUCCACUGAAUAUCUGCCUCACUUAAAGUUACAAUGCAUAGCGACACGGCAAGUAGUGUUAUUAUCAUACGUAAGUGCAAAUAUUUAUAAAUUAUUAACACAAACACUUUUUUAUUGCAAAA